CGCCCCGAAAACCCCUUUCACUCUUUUCUCAACCCCUCACCAAAAAAAAAACACACAGAAACCCCAGAACCAAAUGGCCAACGACGGCUUCUCCGGCGCCUCCCUCCCCUCCCCCGGCUCCGACGCCACCAAGCGCCGCGUCACCUACUUCUACGAGCCCACCAUCGGCGACUACUACUACGGCCAAGGCCACCCCAUGAAGCCCCACCGCAUCCGCAUGGCCCACAACCUCAUCAUCCACUACAAUCUCCACCGCAAGAUGGAGAUCAUCUGCCCCUUCCCCGCCGGCCCCGCCGACAUCGGCAAAUUCCACUCCGAAGAAUACGUCGACUUUCUCGCCUCGGUCACCCCGGAGUCAUUACAUGAUCAUGGGCAUGCUAGGCACUUGAAGAGGUUCAAUGUGGGCGAGGAUUGUCCGGUGUUUGAUGGGAUGUUUGGGUUUUGUCGGGCCAGUGCUGGGGGGUCGAUUGGGGCGGCGGUGAAGAUGAAUUUGCAGGAGGCGGAUAUUGCGAUUAAUUGGGCGGGAGGGCUGCAUCAUGCGAAAAAGUCGGAGGCUUCCGGGUUUUGCUAUGUUAAUGACAUUGUGCUCGGCAUUCUUGAGCUGCUUAAAAGACACAGGCGUGUGUUGUAUAUUGAUAUUGACAUCCACCAUGGGGAUGGUGUGGAAGAGGCCUUUUAUACUACAGACAGAGUAAUGACGGUGUCUUUUCAUAAAUUUGGUGACUUCUUUCCUGGAACUGGGCACAUUAAAGAUGUUGGACAUGGUCAGGGCAAGAAUUAUGCCCUUAACGUGCCACUGAAUGAUGGUAUCGAUGAUGACAGUUUUCAAGACCUAUUUCGACCAGUAAUCCGUAAAGUCAUGGAGGCCUACCAACCUGAAGCAGUUGUGCUCCAAUGUGGAGCUGAUUCACUGGCUGGUGACAGGUUGGGAUGCUUCAACUUGUCGGUAAAAGGUCACGCCGAUUGCCUGAGGUUCCUCAGAUCUUUCAACGUUCCUCUAAUGGUCCUUGGUGGGGGUGGGUAUACAAUGCGGAAUGUGGCCCGAUGCUGGUGCUAUGAGACAGCAGUUGCAGUUGGGGUGGAACCUGACAAUAAAUUGCCUUACAAUGAUUACUUUGAGUACUUUGGCCCAGAUUACACCCUUCAUGUGCGACCAACUCCUGUUGAGAACCACAACUCUCCAGCCGAUCUAGAGAAGAUCAGGAAUCUCCUCCUUGAACAGAUUUCUAGAUUGACUCAUACACCCAGCGUACAGUUUCAGACGGCUCCACCAGUCACCAGAGUUCCAGAACAGGCAGAGGAGAGAAUGGAUUAUAGACCUAAGCCCCGUAUAUGGUCUGGCGAGGACUGUGAAUCUGAUGCUGAAGCUUGACUGCUGAUUCAAGUAUAGGUCAUAUGUUGAAACAAGGGAUGCUCCAGCUGAAUUUGAGGUAACUUGAUCCAACGUGCCCGGAAACCAUUUGAAGACUCCUUGUAUCUGAACUGCAUUCCUUUUCCUGCAAAGGAUUUUUAAAAUCAGUUGCAAGAUAACUUAUGUAGCCAUGUAAUCAGUUGUACUUGCGGUGUUCUUAAAUCCUUUCAUAAUUUUCGUAGUCUCCAGGGUUGAUUGGCAUAAACAUAACUUGUAGCUAUUGUAGUGCUCAAAACUUAACUGUGCCUGUGUCUUCUCUUUUGUUAUAGCCAACAAGGGUUAUACAGCCAGUACCUAGAAUUUUGGGUUGCUUAUUGCUUAUUGCCUUUGUUUUUUUUGUUUUUUA